AUGGCCUCAAGCAAUUGCUCCUUACCUCCACCUCCUAUUUUUUCUGGUGAGAACUACCAGAUAUGGGCUGUCAAAAUGAAAACCUAUUUGAGUGCUUUUAAUUUGUGGGAAGUGGUGGAAAAUGAGAAGGAACCACCACAACUUCUUGCAAAUCCAACAGUAACUCAAAUGAAAAAUUAUAGUGAAGAAAAAGUAAAGAGGUACAAGGCUAAGAGCUGUAUUGAGUCUUUAGUUUCUGAUGACAUAUUCAUUAGAAUCAUGACUUGUGAAACUACAAAACAAGCUUGGAUGUGCUUAAGGAAGAGUUUCAAGAAUUGUUCAAUGUUUUACAAGCUUAAGAGCAAAGAAGGGCUAUCAGACAAGAGGAUUCAACAGAAGGUGCUUUUACAGCCAAGGAGAAAGGCAAGAUGCAAACAGAAAGCAAAGGCAGAAAACAAGGAGAUCAAAGAAACAAAGUUUCUAGAAACAAUGAAAAGAAAGGAAAAUUCCCACCUUACUCUCACUGCAAUAAGACCAUUCACUUGGAGAAAUAUUGUUGGUACAGACCUGACAUACAAUGUAGGUACUGUAAGCAGCUUGGUCACAUAG